CUGGCUCUGCACACUUCGCCAUGUCCUGGCCCGCCACGCUCGACUUCGCCACGCUGACGGACAGCGAGCGCCUGACGGCGCUGCUGGGCACGCUGUUCGAGCCCACGCCGCCGCUGCGCCGCGUGCUCGUGCCCGCGGUGCUGUUCCGCGCGUCCACGGCCCCGCCGGCAUCGUACGCCGCCCUCGUGGAUCUCUGCGCGGCCAUCGGCGCCGACUGGGACUGGGACACAAAGGCGCAGUUCAUACAAGGCCACCCGGUGAUUGGGGAGGUCAAGGGCCUUUCGGCGCAUUCGAGUAAAGAGCAGGGAUCGGGCACGCCGGCCGUCGUGCUUGACCGCCUCGCCCACCUCAACGCCGUGUACGAGGCCGUGUGGCCCGGCCUGCGCUUCAUCACGUUCGUCGCGGGCCGGCCGCGCGCCGCCAUCGUGAAUGAGAUGGAGGCGAAUAUCGGGAUUGCCCAGUCGCCGCAGCCGCUGCCCGACACGUAUGACACGCGCGAGCCCGCCCUCGGCUCCAGCACCGUCCAGCGGCUCACGCGGGAAAAGUACAGCGACGAAUGGAAGAGCGAGUGCGACAGGGCGCUCGUGGACGUGUGGCGUAUCGGGCACGCGCGGCUGGGUAAUAUGGGCCUCGAGUGAUUGUAUUGGUAUGCAUAACAGGGAGUACAGAGGG